AUGUACGGGCAAGACCUCCCGGUCCGGCUCACCGUUCCAGUAGUCGGGGAAGCAGAGGCUCGCGCAACCGCCAUUCAGGCUGCCGUCGGUGGGCGAGACGCACUCAAAGACGGCAGGGCGGCAGCGUCCGCCGUCGGCGCAGGCGGCGAAGCCCUGACCACACCGCGCGGCGUCCCGCUUGACGCAAACGCCAUGGUCAUCGCAGGCCUGACCGCAUGA